UAUCGCAUAUUUUACACUAGCGAUUGAUCCACGUCAAGCAACGAGUUUUAAUGAUGGCGAGUGUUUCAAAUCAUCGAGCAUUGGGAAUAAACAUUUUGGCAUGAACCCUCAAUAUUCUCUUCUCAUGAUUCACCCAUUCAGAGUAUUGGCCCAGGAACCGAUAAUUGACACCUGUUGA